GUCAUCUGGUUGGUCCCGCCCCCUGCUCGCUGACCCCGCCCUCUCGCUCGCGCCUCCAGAAGCUUCCAGUCGUACUGCUCCGCUCCUCCGUCAACAUGUUCGGUCAGCAGGUGCUGGUUCUCAACCAGAACAUGAAGAGGGAGUCGGGUCGUAAAGUCCAGACCGGGAACAUCAAUGCUGCAAAGACCAUCGCAGAUGUGAUCCGGACCUGUCUCGGCCCGCGGGCCAUGAUGAAGAUGCUGCUCGACCCAAUGGGAGGCAUCGUGAUGACCAAUGAUGGGAACGCCAUCCUCAGAGAGAUCCAGGUGCAGCAUCCCGCGGCCAAGUCGAUGAUCGAGAUCAGUCGCACGCAGGACGAAGAGGUGGGAGACGGGACCACGUCCGUCAUCAUCCUGGCUGGGGAGAUGUUGUCGGUAGCAGAACAUUUCCUUGAGCAGCAGAUUCAUCCCACGGUGGUGAUCAGCGCCUACAGACAGGCUCUGGAAGACAUGUUGGACGCUCUGAAGGAGGUCAGCACCCCGGUGGACACGUCGGACCGCUCCAUGAUGCUGAAGAUCGUCCACUCUGCCAUCAACACCAAGGCUCUGAGCCGCUGGUCCGAACUGGCGUGCGGCAUCGCACUGGACGCCGUCCGCACUGUGGAGCUGGAGGACAACGGGCGCAAAGAGAUCGACAUCAAGAAGUACGCCAAGGUGGAGAAGGUUCCCGGUGGGAUCAUCGAGGACUCGUGCGUCCUGAAAGGAGUCAUGGUGAACAAGGACGUGACUCAUCCUCGCAUGAGACGCAUGAUCAAAGAGCCUCGCAUCGUCUUGCUGGACUGUUCUCUGGAGUACAAGAAGGGAGAGAGCCAGACCGACAUCGAGAUCAGUAAGGAGGAAGACUUCGCCAGGAUCCUGCAGAUGGAGGAAGAAUACAUCCAGCAAAUCUGUGAGGACAUCAUCCGCCUGAAGCCAGACCUGGUGUUCACUGAGAAGGGCAUCUCAGAUCUGGCGCAGCACUACCUGGUGAAGGCAAACAUCACGGCGAUCCGCCGUGUCAGGAAGACGGACAACAACCGCAUCGCCAGGGCGUGCGGGGCUCGUAUCGCCAGUCGGACCGACGAGCUUCGUGAGGAAGAUGUGGGUUUGGGGGCGGGGCUGUUCGAGGUGAAGAAGAUCGGCGACGAGUAUUUCACCUUCGUCACCGAGUGCAAAGACCCUAAAGCCUGCACCAUCCUGCUGCGAGGGGCGAGCAAGGAGAUCCUGGCGGAGGUGGAGAGGAACCUGCAGGACGCCAUGCAGGUGUGUCGCAACGUGCUGCUCGAGCCCUUCCUGUUGCCGGGCGGCGGCGCCGUGGAGAUGGCGGUGUCCAAGCGUCUGAUGGUGCGCUCCCGCGCGCUGACCGGCAUCGAACAGUGGCCGUACCGCGCCGUGGCCCAGGCCCUGGAGGUCAUCCCCCGCACCCUGAUCCAGAACUGUGGAGCGUCCACCAUCCGAGUGCUCACCUCGCUCAGGGCCAAACACACUCAGGACGACAGCGUGAACUGGGGCGUGGACGGAGAGAGCGGCGUUCUGUCCGACAUGACGGCACUGGGCAUCUGGGAGCCACUUGCCGUCAAGGCUCAGAUCUACAAGACCGCUGUUGAGACAGCCAUUUUGUUGCUGCGCAUUGACGACAUCGUCUCCGGUCACAAGAAGAAAGACAAAGAGGAUCAGAUGGGAGGACCAGGCGCUGAGUAGAUCCACAUCAGUCCACAUCCGUCUGUGUGCGUGUUUGCGUGUGUGUGCGUGCGUGCGUGUACGUGUGUGUAUGUGUGCCAGACGACUCACAAACGUAAUUAAAACAGUUAAUAAAGUUAACGUUAGAACUG